UUUUUUUUUUUCCUCUUAUCUUUAUAUCUAUCAUGGCACGUACCGUACAAAAUUUCAUCAGAAAUAAAAAACUACAAAAACAACAAAAAUUACUGCAACAAGAGCAAGAUGCUGAUACAGACGAUGAACAACCAGCGAACAAGCGACAGAAAAAAGCUAUUUCUAAACAGACUACCAAACGACGCCAGUCUAAGGACGAAAAGAAAGAAAAGCAAACUGCCAACCAAGGUCGACAAGAAGCUCUUCAACUAGAAAACCCAAAUCGCAAACCGUGUCCCACAUGUAUCGCUGCUGGGCGUCAUGAAUUGGCAAAAACUCAUUCACGCUCCUCAAGUAAUUUAUGUCCCGAUCAGAAAAAACGACAAAAGGUCAAGAACCAAGAACUUUCUGGUGCUCCUCUCCGAACUCACACGAUCAAACAUGGUCUGUAUGGUUUACUCCUAGAUAUGACCGAUGACGAAAAGACUCAGUUUGUUCAAGGUGUGGAAACUGUUGUGGACUUCAAUCGCCAACUUGUGAUCAAGGGUCAUCUCUUUUUAUUAUAUUUCUUCACAUAUCGUCUUGAUGCCGGGUUACCUUUGCUCUCAUGUUUCUUUCAACAAGCUUUCUUCUAUGGUAUCUUCCAGUUACUACUAGGUGGCAAAUUCACCAAUCAGUCGACUUUCGAUGCUGCAACACGUGAUAAUAUCAAUUUUGUGUUUCGUCGAUUUAUCCAGCAAUUUCCUCUGGCACGAUGUGAAAAGGUGUCCUCCCCUAUUGGUCGAUCUCCAAUUGCUUUCAGUGGUGUUCUAUCCUCAACAGCACAAACCUAUUCAACUCAUCUCCUUUCUCAUGUUGUCGAAAAUUUUGAUGGAUUCUAUAUAGCAUAUUUACAAGGCCGCCUUCGACGCAUGAUUCCUGAACUGGCACAAAAUCAUGCUAUGCAGUUUGCUCACUUUGUUUACCAAUCCACCGUCAAUGAUGACAAGUUCCCUCCAGUUUGGCCAGAAAUUGAAUACGAUCCAGCUAUUGACGACAAGCUCAAUGAAUCACUGUUGACCAUCAUGGAUGAAGCAAGUACCGAAUGGAACAAUAUACAUGAAUUGAUUACUACGGAAGAAGCUCGACGUCGAAGUGUACAAGCAUCUCGUGGCUCGUCUAUAGCUAGCUCAUCGACAGACCCACUCCCGGAGUCAAUGGACAUCCCGUCUCCAGCCUCAAGUGUAGGAAGUAUAGGUAUGACACAACUGGACCUUGAAACACCAAAUCCUGUACAUUCAGCGAAAUCUAUUACGACUGCAACAAUCUCUUCCUACCCAGAAUUUUUCUUACCUGUCAUGUUUGAUAUCUUACGCAAGAUGGAACAAUGGAAUCAAAUAGACUCUGAACUACCGGCCAUACCUCAGAAUGAAGCAAAACAAACGUGGACAUAUCAUCUUUUAUCUGGAUUGCCUGAAUGGACACGAUUAGACCAUCGCCGCCGCUCAUCGUUGACUCGCGCUAUUACAAAUAUUAUCAAUGAAGGUGUACGAUUUAUUCCAGAGAAAUUACCUGCUGGCUUCAGCGCUGAAUCUAUUAUGCAUAUACAAAACGCCAUUACUACAGCACAAACAGAGAUUCGCGAAGGAAGAUUUGCACCACCAGUAUAUCUGACAAAGCAGCAAGCAAGACUAUUCACUAUCAUACCCAUUCCAGGACUCACACGCAAAUAUAUACACAUCGAUCAUCAAUCUCUUGGAACAAUACUAAAACAUUUUGGUCUAGGACGUUUGGCUAGUCCAUCUUCUACACCGAUCCCACCAAACCAGCCUCAUCCGAAUUUUAAUAUGUUUGACUUGCGGAAGCUUAAAAGGUAAGAAAAAGGAGAAGAAUGAUCUAGUACUAAUCUGGUUUUGUUUCAUUGAACUAGACAUGGAAUUUUCGAAAACAGUUUUACGACAGAU